UUGACCAUGUCCUUGUCCAUGGGAUGACUAUGAGGGAGGCUGGGCAACGAGUACAACCAAAUUUGAGUCGCUUCACUGUUGCCUCCAUCAUCAGAACCUUCAGGGAGGAAAACAGGACACAGAGACGACCACCUGGUGGAGGCAGGUUAAGGCUUUUGUCGGAGGAGCAAGAGAGGGAACUUGUAAACAUGGUAAUUGCAAAUAAUGUAAUCCGCCUGCAAGAGAUUCAAAGGAGAGUGAUUGAGGAUGAUCAUCUUUUUCGAGGCAUAAAUGCCAUCAGCCUCUCCACAAUUGACCGCAUCCUCCGAAAGAAUCAAUUCCGGAUGAAACAGGCAUACCGAGUCCCUUUCGAACGAAACUCUGACAGAGUGAAAAACCAACGUGUGGAAUAUGUUCAGAGAAUCUUUGAGAUUGAAGGACGGCCUGUUCCCCAUGAAAUGAUCUUUGUGGAUGAGGCAGGUUUUAACCUGACCAAAAGAAGGAAAAGGGGGAGGAACAUAAUUGGCCAUCGGGCUAUUGUAAAUGUCCCUGGUCAGCGUGGGGGGAAUGUCACUAUGUGCGCAGCCAUCAGCCAACGAGGGGUACUCCACCGCCAUGCCGUACUAGGACCCUAUAACACUAUGCUUCUCCUUGCUUUUCUUGAUGGUUUAAGACAACAUAUGUUCCAGCUGGACUACAGGGAACCAGCACAGCCAGAGCAGCCUCACUACGUUGUUGUGUGGGAUAACGUCAGCUUCCAUCGCGCUGCUCUGGUUCGUGACUGGUUUACCAAUAACCCAAGGUUUUCUAAUAUCUUUCUGCCUGCAUACUCCCCCUUUCUAAACCCGAUAGAGGAGUUAUUUUCGGCAUGGCGGUGGAAAGUGUAUGACCGAGAACCUUAUGUCCGUGUUCACCUCCUUCAGGCCAUGGAAGAGGCCUGCCUAGACAUAUCAGUAGAUGCAUGCCAGGGGUGGAUCAGGCAUGCAAGAGGAUUUUACCCCCGCUGCCUGGCUGGGGCCAAUAUAGCCUGUGAUGUGGAUGAGAUUCUCUGGCCUGACCCAGACCAAAGACAAGACGCUGUGGUGGGAUAAUGUUUCUGGUGUGUGUUGUACUGUAUAGUACAUGAAUGACAAUGUGCCACUGUACAUACAUUGGUUGCGUCUUUUGUGUUUAUCAUGUGACAAGGGUUUUGAAGGGGAGAACCAUAAGCAACCUAAUUGUUUUGGAACUAUUGUUUUGAAUUAAUUGUACCAGUGUGCAAAACUCUGUUGUAGUGUGUGUGUUUUUGAGGGCUUGUGUUUGAUGUCUGAGGGCAAAGUUCGGUUUUUCAGCAGGAGUGAAUAGUUUUGGGUGUAGAGCUUCAUUUUGACCUGGAAAUAGGAUGUUUGGGGAAUUGAGUGAGAUGUUAUGGAUUUGUGUUUACUGUUGU